AUGAAAUUGAACCAGCAUGGUUACAGGAAACCAUUGUAUGCAGCCGAUCUGUAUUACAUCAAACUGCAACUAUUCACCACACGUGAACAACAAACCUGGAAAGAGCAACACUUGUUUUACAACACACCUGGGGCUGUGGUUGGCAUAAAAAAACCUGUUUCUUAUUCCCUUGAGGAAUUAAAAUAUGGUGACAUUUGGUCCUUGGGGAUGCUUUUGUUCAAAUUGUUGAAUCCUGACCAGAAAUUUCCAUAUUUCCAAGAAAUGGAGGAUCAUGACGUAGAGAGUGCUUCAGAAGCAAAAGAUGUGAUUGGAAAGCUCAUGGACAAGAAAAAGAAACCAGCACAUUCUACCAAAUAUGAUUCCCUUUGUGUUGCUAGGAAACAACAAGAAACUACAAGUUCGAUACUGUUAGGAAACAACAAGAAAGUUGUUAGUAUUGGGUUUGUUUUCAUGACAUAUGCAUCUGGGACAAUAAAGACAUAUUUGUUGACAUGCAUGUCGAUUUUAUAA